GAGCUGGAGAUCAGCGAGUUCAGGUAUUGUCAUUCAAAUUGUGUUUCUGCCAGCUCGGGGCGAUAGAUGGCAGCAGUUCGUGCGAAACCAUUGCUCCAUCGUCCCCGCGCUAUUACCAUUUGAUUAAACGCUUAUUAAGGAGCAGCGCUGCUUAAAUCUCCAAAACGCGAUGUAGCUUUAAUACUCGUGAAGAGAAGCCGAGCGCGCCGCGACUGGAAUCAAUGCCGUCCAAUGGCCGCGUCGAGGUGACGUUCAGGCGAAGUUCCGCCCUCGUUGCCUGUUUAUUCGGACUAUAUGAUCGCGUAUAGAGCGAAAUAACGAGACGGAGAGACUCAGACGGAGAGAUUCCUCAGCUCGAGAGUGGAUUAUGACGCGCGUCUGAGUGUAAUGUCACGCGCGUCGCGGCUGCGUGGCUGGGACAGGUGUGUUACCUGUGGCUGCGAGCGGAGGGAAUGGGCACGGAUCGACGAGACGCGUCGCUCUCCUUAAACCGUGCCGUCGUUGUUAUCGUUUUCCGGGCGGGAGCGCGUCGGGAUAGAGGAGCGGUGACUUUUGCCCAUCGAUUGAGCGCGAGCGCUUCGUGACGCCUCGGGAACGGGCGAAGACGCGCAAACCACUCCCCGAGCACCGGACGCCGGGCUCUCUUUUCGAUCGCGGGUCCGCGGCGUGUGAACGGGGGAUCGCGCGCGGUUCUGACGCAUUAGCGAACCGGGCUGCGGUAGCGGGUUAUGUGCGAGACGGUGAUGGCCGUGUCUCAGCUGGACAUCGAGCCCCAUCCACCGGAGAACGGCUUCGUCACCCCCGAAACGAACAAAUCGCCCGAUUUGCUCUCGCGCAUCGACGGCGGCGUUUUGCCGAGCGUGGGCGGCUUCGGGAGGUUUCAGAAACAGCUGAUCGUUUUAACGUGGAUCCCGGCCAUUUUCAUCGGCUUCAGCCAGUUUUCGGACAGCUUUCUCCUGGCCGAGCCGACCUGCGCGCAAGUGCAGCGGAACAGCAGCGAUCCCGCGCCGAACCUCACGCGGUCGGUGUUCAACGUCAGCGUCGAUAACGCGAGCGGAUCCGCGGAUGCGUCAUCACCGUGCAGCUGUACGGAGUCGGGAUGCACACUCCAAAUUGGACUAGAGCAAAACGUUGUCACCAAGUGGAACCUGGUGGAUGACUCCGCUUGGAUGGUUCAUAUUGCCAAAUUCUCUCUGUUGGUGGGCUCUAUCUUCGGAUACUUGGUGUUGGGAGUCGUGGCAGAUUGGUUCGGACGACACCCGGUCCUGAUCCUGUCCGUCAUCUUCAUGUUGAUUUUCGGCAUGACGGUGGCCUUCUCCGUCAACGUCCCGAUGUUCAGCACCCUGCGCUUCUUUGAGGGCUUUUGCUUAGCGGGAAUCACGCUCUCGCUGUACGCUCUGAGGAUAGAGCUGUGUCUGCCGGGGUGGCGCUUCUCCAUGACCAUGGUGGCUAACUUCGUGGCGUUGGCGGGGCAGCUGCUCAUGCCCGGGCUGGCGGUCCUCUGUCGUGAAUGGGAGGUUCUGCAAGCGGUCGUCAUCUGCCCUCUCUUACUCAUGCUGUCCUAUAUCUGGAUUUUCCCGGAGUCUCUUCGCUGGCUGCUAGCGACGCAGCAGUACAAUCGCUCCAAGUGGAUCAUGGAGCGCGUGGCCAAGAAGAACAACAUCAACCUGGAGGAGGACGCAGAGGAGCUCAUGAGCGAGCUCAACCAAGCCCUGCCGAAGCAACCCAAGAAGACGUGCAUCGGGAAGAUGGUGGGCACGAGGAACCUGUGGAAGAACAUAGUGGUACUCUGCGUCAACUCACUGACGGGUUACGGGAUACACCACUGCUUCGCACGCAGCCUGACGGAAGAGCCGCCGACCAUCUUCUCCAAUUUCUACGCCAAAUACUACACCAUGGGGGGCACGGCCGUGGCGUCGUGCGUGGCGCUCUGCCCGGCCGUGGGCAUGAUGGGACGGCGUGGAGGACUCCUCAUGUUCAUGAUCAUCACGGCCCUGGCCUCUCUGCUUCAGCUCGGCCUGCUGAACUUGUUGGGGAAAUACAGUGUUCACCUGAAUAUUGACAACUCUAGUACGCUGAACUCCAACUUUUCGAAGGCAUUCUCCAUCAUUGGCAUGUUCUCCUCCCACGCCGUCAGCAACCUAAGCAUCUUUUUUUGUGCUGAAAUCACUCCGACUGUGAUUAGGGGCGGCGGUCUAGGCCUCGUCCUGGCCAGUGCUGGUUUUGGCUUGCUGACGGCACCCAUCAUGGAGCUGCAUAACCAGAAAGGCUAUUUUCUGCAUCACAUCAUUUUCGCCUGCUGCACUCUAAUCUGCAUCAUUUGCAUCUUGCUGCUCCCCGAGACUCGCAAUCGGCCGCUCCCAGAAACGUUAUCGGACGGUGAAAGCUACACCCGCCAACCAUUACUGCCACCUCGCAAGCCGGGCGAGCAGCGCCUUCUGCUGACCAAAUCCGAGAGCCGCGAGUACGCGAGGGUCGGCGAUACUCCUCUCCAUGAAGCAGCUGCCACUGCCAUUUCUACGAUGGACUCCACAGCCUCGUCCGCCGUCGAUAUUCAGAUGCUCAUCGAUGCCCCCGUCCAGCAAGCGACCGGCCAGAUACAGCUGUUCAGUAUGAAGUCACUGACUUCUACCCAAGAGCCAGAGGAAAUCCUGCAAGAGUAUCCCAGAUCUGCAUCCAUGCCGGAAACCUCUGCCUCAUCCAUAGAGCAUCCUCUCCUUGCCUCUAUCCCAAACACUUCGACCCCAAUCGCUGUUAAUUACAUUCAGACACCUAAACUGGAAUCUCCAACCGUUCUGCCAACUCCUUUGAUCACCGAUUCAACCCUGGAGUCCCCUACUUCUUCCAAUCUCCAAACUCCUUCGCUUUUAGGUAUAGGUACGCCAGUUGCUAAUGAUCUCAACAUCUUACCUGAAGUGGGCUCUGCAGGUCCUCUCUGCGCAUCCACUGGACAAUCACCCACUCCGCCUUUAAACAACAUUCAUCCCUCUUCCUCAAUAGACUCUCCCGUUCACUUAGUCACUGAACUUCUGCCCUCGUCCCCAACGGAACUGUCUUUACCACCAAUACCGGACCAGUCCUUCCCGGCUCAAUCCUUUUCUUCGCCCAUAGAUCCCGGCACUCCAUUGUUACAUUUAGUUGCCCAACCUGCGAUUAACUCCAUAGAAUCUGGUCCCCCUUCACCAGCCGUAUUGGAGCCGACCUUAAGUAAUGGUACUACUCUUCUUUCCACUGUGGGUUCAGCUGCACCUCAUGCCACAACCACUGACUCUGUUACAGAAUCCAGCCACCCGCUUAUGACGAACUUGACUGUUUCCUCACCUAUUGACUCAGGUACGCCCUCGGACGUUGACUUGCCCAUCACAGAAACCAACACUGCCAAUGGGGAGACGUCUUCAUGACGGACUCGUUCGCUCCAUGAGACUCGGACGUGGGGGCUCGUGCCAGUCAUUGUUAGAAGUAUUUUUAUUUUGUUUUCCAGCCGCCAUGACCCGAGAAUGGCAAUGCAAGGAGAAAAUAUAAAAGGAAUUGACUGAAAGGGAACAAACACAAGGGUCGAUGCUCAAAGGGUUUUUACUCUGCAUUGGUUUCAAUGACUUAAACAGCCUUCUUAGGGGCCGUUUACACAGAGCGUGUUUUUCCAUUCCAUAGCGAUAUUUUCAUUGUUUUUCAAUUGAAACAGGGUUGGCGGAUAUAUUAUGUGUCUUGCACCUGACUUUUGGUACUAUUAUGGAUAGGACAGUUAUUAGACAGAUAGUCUCGAGGAGCUAGACCUUUAGACUGGUGGCUGAAGGUCUGGGAACUUUCUUCGCUUUAAGUGGACAAGACCCACCCAAGAGGCCAUUUGAUUUUGUUUUGUCGUGCGUGCGUGUGCGCAAAAAAGUAUUCUCCCAGCAUUAAAACUGAAGUCGAGCAACUGAUGUCACCGUUUUAUCAAUACACAAAGAAAAUAAAAAUAACAUGAUUUUCUCAACCAUUCUUUUCCCCUAAUUAUGUCUUCCAACUAUUAAAGAGUAUCACACUUUCCUCUUGGCGUAAACCUCUUACAGAUUACGUUCAUUCCCCGGCAUAGAAAAGGCUGAUUGCAUCAAAUAUUGCGAUAUUGUCAAAAAUGGCGGAAAACGUACCUCGGGGAGAAGAAUGGUUGAGUAAUUUGUGUUUUGUUUUCUUUGCGCAAAAAUGAAGUUGAGCCAAUUUAGUUGUCUAUAGAGGGUCAGAUGGCUCUCUGAUUUCAUCAAAAAUAUCUUUAUUUGUUUUCUUAAGAGAAACGAAGGUCUUACUGGUUCGGUAUGACAUGGUGAACUCACCCUUUAAAGAUUUUAUGCUGCGAAAAUAUAAAGAUUUCGCAGAUUUUUGUAAAUCUAGAGUUUAGUUGAAAACGAUAAGCGCUCAUUGUCACAUUUGUAAACACAACAGCUUUUUUAAUGAGGAAGUUUGGCAUCACAGCAUCUUUGUUUCCAGGCAGAAAGGUAAAGAACGUGACACACACAUCUCCCGCAAAUCCUGUAUAAUUUAACCAAUCCGAUGACGACAUUGAAAGUCCAGAAGUGAUAAGUGUGCCAUAUUCAUCAGAUGUUUAGCCAAAGUUCUGUGGGCGUGACGUCUGAGACUAUUAGACAGGAAGUGAGAUAUGGGAUUGAGAAAGGUCCGUGAGCCAGGCCUCGAAGUCGUGAUGCACGUAGCGCAAAGGCGCUAUCUGUGGACGUGCCGCCCAGCUUUCUCGCUUUCGUAAGAUGUGGUGUCAAAAGGACAAAACGUUUUCACUCAGCGCUGCUCAUCGUCGGCUCCCAAACAGCGGACCAAUCAGACGACCCCGGAGGCGGGGCAAAAGUUGCCAUGGUGAUUGUUUUAUUUGAUGGAAACUGUAGAAAGAGACAUUUUGCGCUGCACUAUUUUUUAGACGUAAAACGCGUUCUGUGUGAACGGCCCCUUUCUGCGGUGCCAGUAACUGCUUUUUGGGCAGCUAGAUCCAAAUUUCAGUGUGUUAUCAUUGAGCUUGUGUUAAUACGAACACUAAGACCAAGUUCCCACUCUGAAAUUUCACAUACAGUAGUCUAGUAAUUAAUGAUAUCUGCUUGUUUGAUGGUAAUUAACAACAGGUAGGAUCACAUCAAUCCAAUGUGAUUAAUUCUGAGUCGUUUUCUCUCAAUCAUAUGACUGUAAUUACAUUUUGCAAUAUUCAGGUGGGAAUACAGCAUCUGUGAAGUCCAGUAUCAAAGGGAAUUUCUCAAUAGCCCAAACACUGUACAUUUAACACUGGGAAUGUUUGCCGAUGUGUCUUGAAGCGGAAGGCAAAUACCUCUAUGAAUUAGGUGUCGAAGAAACAUCGGUUCCUGUGUUCAAAAGAAUAAUUGCAGACCUGAUGAAAAAAAAAAGACACUGCAGAGAGACUGCUCAAAAAAUGGUAUUCGUGUGGUAUGUUUUAUUAAGCUAAUGUGUUUUUUAAGCUAAUCACUAGAUUCUGGUGGGGGAAAAAUAAUUUUGAGAGAUACAGAUGAUGUACUUCAUGGCUGUGUGUCUUAACCAUAAUGCACUCGCUCGAGUGUAUGCAACAGACGUAUUGUGAAUGUGAAAACUUUUGUAAUUUAUGCUAUUGUGGUACUGAUGUACAGUGGUACUGACUGCUUAAAAACCAAAAAAAAGAUUUAGGUUACUAUGUCUGUAUCAAUGAGUGUAUGCCCAUUGGUAUUUUGUUACCAUGUCUGUGGCACUUUAUUGUUCACAGUGGGAAAAAAAGCAAAAAAAACCAAAAAAAAAAAAAUAAGCAUGUGAACAUGAAAAAAAUCAAACUUUCAAUGAAUGACGUUGAAGUAAUAAGAACAAAUAAUAAUUUGAGGAAUGACUACAAUUGUCAUCUUUCAUUUGUGGUACGUUUACUUCCACAGCAAUAAUAUAUUUUUAACGUGCGACCCAUGAGUUUAAAACAUUUCCGUUUUUUUAAAUUGUUAAAAAUCAGUAAAAGAAUACUAAUAUUUAAUACUAAUUUUUAAGUGCUACAAUAUCCCCUAAAAUGCAGUAUCGGUUGGGUGUGCUUAUAUGUCUGGCUACAACGAUUCAUUUCAGACAUGUACUUGGCACCAAAUGUAACAAAACAUAACAAUGUUUUUUAAUGAUUGUGGCAUAUUCCUAAUCAUUCCAGCUAAUAUUUAGUUUCUUUUUAAUUUCAAUAAAUAGUAUUAUUGCCCUGAAGUAUGUACAGUUUGUAGAAAGGUUAUUACAAGGAUGGUGCGUUUUCUUCUCAAAUAUACCUUCUGCUGCAUCUGGUGACCUGCUUUAGCUUUUGCACACACACACACACACACACACUCACACACACACACGCAUCCUGAGUGAUAACAAGUCAUUCGCUUUCAAGCUUGUUAGCGUGAUUUGUCCAACUGUUUAAAGCAAUACAAAGGCUCACAUUUUUAAGGAGAUUCAGCAUUCAAUGAAACUGAUUUCCCAGCCAGAAAGAAAAAGCCAGAUAAAUAUUUAACACAAGUGAGCAAACAGUGACGCCAAUGUUCAGCCAGCGCAUGAGCUCUUUUAACAUUGCUCUUAAUAAUCGAUACUUAUGAGAGCGACAGUUUUACCUUCAGUGCUGGUUUUCUGUGAACCGUGUUAAUUGCUCAGAGAGAUUAUUCAAACUGUUGAUUUGCCGCGAGAGUCUGCUGUAAUGCUUAUUGCAGCGAUGCUGAGAAAAAGCGCAUGCUUGCAACCUAAAGUGUCAAGAUUGUAAUUCAAAACGACCACAAGUGAAAUUGUGCUUGUCCGGCUUGAAUUAUUUGCGUUAAGGGAUGUUUUGGGCCUCUUCAUCCACAACACAGCUCACUAUGUGACACUAGGCGUUAUGAAAUAGUCAUUAAGGUCAGGAUCAAAAACAACAGUUCUGCAUUUUACUCAACAUUUUGAGCAGGUUAAACGCCGUAGCUUAAGUCUUAACACUUAAGAAUACACUAUAUCGUGACGACUCUUCCAUAGGAAGCUCGCACGCAAAAGUCACCCAAAUAAGAAUUUCUUGUUUUCAGGUAAAAUGGUUUGACAUGCCAGUCUAAUGUAUGGCAAGAGAGGACAGGUGCAGCGUUUGGCAUUAAAUGAGCACUAUAUAGAUACAAACCACAUCAAACCGACCUUUUUCUGAAGCUAUUAAUCUGAUGCGAUCUAGGAAAAAUGGAUGUUAGGGCCAAUGCAAACUCUUUCAGAUUGCAAUUUGUGAUAUCUUGAGUAUAUCGCAAAUACUUGAAAAGGGUAUUCAAUGCAGAAUGUAAGAAACAAUACUGGCGAGAGGAUGAAUGUUAAAAAAAAAUUGAUUGUUUGGGAGUUUAAUGUACAUUUUUUUAACAUAAUGCACAUGUAUAUAAAGUAAUAUGUGUCGUAAUAUACGUUAUUGAAUAAAAUAUAUUUAUUGAUA